AUGACGAAACCUUCCUCCAUCCCUCCACCUCCAGACUUCAUCCAGUCGGAGCUCCUCAGGGGUCCUGGUCCAGGCCACAGUCAUCCAGCGCUUCACAUGAAGGCUCAGCGUCAGCCCAGGUCCCACGUGGAGAACAUGGAGGACGACUUCCUGCCGCAGGUGAAGAAAGUAGCUGUGGCCAUGGGCGUGUCCCUCACAGAGCAGGACGUGGACCGCAUGCCACGGGAGAUGAGAACGCAAGGGAACUUCAACUACAGCAGGUUUCUGGAGUACAUGAGGCAGUUCGAGACCGCGGAGCAAAGAGAGGAGGCCAUCAAGAAGGCCUUCAUGAUGCUCGACAAAGACGGCAGUGGCUACAUAGAGUGGAACGAGAUCAAGUACAUUCUGUCCACAGUCCCGGCUGCCCCCCCGUCCGCCCCCCUCUCCGAUGAGGAGGCGGAGGCCCUGGUCCAGGCUGUGGACUCUGAUGGAGACGGACGCAUCGACUACAGAGAGUUUUCAGACAUGGUGAAGAUGGAGAAGAAACCGAGAAAGUAGAGAUCACGUGGCUAAUCCGAACUACCGAGAAGAAACGAGGAGAGGACGAGCUACCCUCCUUGAAGAAUGCUCCUUUUCCUUCUGUAGAUCGACACUUGAGAGAUUUUGAGGACUGUUAUCACUUUGCUAAAUGAAAAAGAGCAAAAGUUCAAGUUAAAAACAUGAUCGCUGUAUUGGCUCACUGCCAAAAAACACGUAACUUUGGUCUGAGUUUGUUUGUCUGCUAAAAAUAAAAGUAAUGGGUGCAAGCACACUGUACUGCAUGCAUCACCAAGACGCCACCCGGGUUUUAAACAGAACUAUAAAUAGAAAUUCAGCAAUUAGUCUUCACCUUUCUGUCUGUGCAUAAUGUAAUUCUGCCAAAUAAUACAUC